GCACAGCCAUCAAGGCAUUGCGCUGGCUGGCCAGACACCUGCAGUGGCAAGCCCUCCAGCUCUGCACGCAAAACAACUUGGUGACCUCCUAUUCAAAGCAAGUGGAAACAUAUGAUAAACGCGAGGCAGUGCCACUUCCCCUGUCCCUGGUCCUUGCGUGGGAGCAAUGCAUCUGUCGCAGCGACACCCCGCUGACCACCAAGCUCGUCUUGGGGGCAAUUCUGGUCUGCGCGCGCAGCAGCAUACGCUUUGGCGAUGCACAGCGCGUGCGCUGGGGCUCCCUGCAAUUGAGCGCCCAAGGCCUGCGCGCCACCGCGUACGCAAGUAAAACGACCAAAGCAGGGCAACCUUUUUUCUGCACCUGGCACGGCCUGUCGGGUCGCGGCGCAAGCACUUCAUGGCUUCUGCGCUGGCUUGCAGCACUGGCAAGCAUACCUAAGGCCGUCUUUGAGGUACACGCCGACACGGUCGAACCAGACUACUUGUUUCCGCACUUAGACAUGCGCUGCAUGCAUCUCCGUGGAGUACCUGGCUCCCUCACAGCACCGGAGGCCAGCUUGUUGACCUUGCGCAGCAUGAAAUCCACAGCGCUCGCAUCUGCAGCCCAGCUCCGCCUCUCUAGAGACGACAGGUUGUCGCAGGGCCACCACCGUGACAGCGCGCGCCUUUACUCCCGCAAUGACACCUUCGCAAGCUUGCACAUCCAGCGCAGCAUCGCGCUUGCAGUUGCAGACGGCUGGCGACCGCAGCGGUCAAUGGCUCGUGGGGGCAGCGCCCCUGUCCCAGAGCCUCCCUUCGCUGCACGAAUCCAUGCGUGCAACGCAGACAGCUCGCCCGUCUCCCCAAGCACGGGUCCAGUUGUCCCUCCAGAGGACCUUGCCGGUGAGCGCGACAAGGCAUCCGACCCAGAAGCCGAAGCAGUAGAGGAGUAUGCUCUCCUGCGCAGCUCAUCAGAAAGCGAGGCACUGCACGUGGACCUCGACACUCGCACCUACGUGUGCUCAGGACCGUGGGGGAGCAUGCACGUCCCCGCCGCAGAGUCAUUGCAAGCUUACACGCUGGCUCUUCCAAAGCUUGGUUCCUUGGCAGUUUGCAAGCUCCGCGCAGCAUGCGGGGCGCACCUUGGUGCAUCCUUAGCUCGCGUGACACUCUUCAGCCCUGCUCAGGUUGCCGGCCCUCGCCUGUACCGCAGCCAUUUUUCCAGCUCGAACAUAAGCUUUCCAGUCGUCGAUAACGUGAUGGAUAGCUCUUGGGAUGUAGACAGCUCAGAAGGGCUGACUCAGCUGCUCUCGCACAUGCAGGUACCAGAGACCCUGCAGACAGCGUUGCAGCAAACAGGUCUCGCUAGCAUCUCCGACUUUGCCUAUGCCUACACCUCCCCAGAGGACCUCUCCACAUUCAUUGCAAAGCAAAGCCAAAGCCUCUGGGACGACCUGCAGGUCACCGACCCGGAGCACUGUCCCGCAGUAGCUCGCUUGCGCAGAGCGCUUGACUUGAGCAAGGCAGUCACUCGCGCCAAGGACAGCCACCCCAGCACAGCACCAACUAGCACAGCAACGCCCCCAGCAACCAACGUCUGGGCAGAGCAUGCUCCGCCACGCUUGGAUGCCGAUGCAGUGCAACGCAUGCAAAGCACAUUCAAGGCAAAUUAUCCAGGAGAGCGCCUGGAUAAUGACUGCAUGCCAGGCAUCCGCCUGCUUAGCGGCUUAGCCUAG